AUGCAGUUCUCCGUCAUCGCUCUCCUCGCCGUUGCGACUGGUGCUCUUGCUGCUCCCGGCGGACCUUCCAAGCCCAACAAGCCCAACAAGCCCCACAAGCCCUCUCCUCCCAACGUCAACGUCCAGAGCUGCUACAAUGAUCAGGCUCUCUACUGCUGUAACAGCGAUGGUCAUGGCGCAGAGGUCAAGUGCGAGUCUUUCUCCAACGGUGGAGUUGGCGGCAUCUGCAACGGUAUCCAGAUGUGCUGCAACAACAACGAAGGUGCUCAGGGCUGCAGCUUUGCCGUCGGUGGUGGCAUCAUCGUCGUCGGUGACGGCAAGGGUUGGUAA